AUGUCCCGGCGUUUGCUUAAUUCCGCGGCGCUGCUCCUUUUCUUUGUGUUGAUGUGCCGCGGCGUUGACGCCUCCGGGGGUGCGGGGGAGCAGAUGGAGUCGAAAGAGGUUGAACUCUUUAAACCAGGGGAAGUAACCGUGCCCGCUGCUGAAGAAGGGAGAGAAACGCUUGAUGGUUAUUCACAUGUCUUAUCAUUCCACGGUCAUUCCCUCGUUGACGUGAACGGCGCGAUGCUUGCACUUGCCAUUGGUGAGUAUGGCGAAAGUUAUGGCAGCAUGUAUUAUAACAUUUUGGCAAAAUACAACUCGUACGGGGACGUCAGUAAUUUGGAAAAAGACGUUACAUGGGCGGCAAAACAGUGGACGCCGAAGACUGUGUUUGAGCAAUUCGAAAAAGGCGGAUACCGUACGUUUCUGUUUGGCCCCAAGGCUGUGGUGAAGGCGAACAAAAUAUUUCUUCUUUUUUCAAACUUUACCGGGCAGUCCAGUGUGCCUUUGCAGACUUCAUAUUCCUGGGACCUUGAGUUGUUUGUGGGUGACGUUACGGCGUCCACGGCGGUACCAGGGGGGAAAACAGUGUCGUGGGAGGGCCCACGGUCGUUGAAGUCCACGCUACUCACAUUGAUGGGGAAGCAUUCAUGGAAUGUGUUGGAGGCCGCUCGUGGGGCCAGAGGCAUUGCAGUUGGGGGCACGACGGUUGUCUUCCCUCUCGUGGCAGUCAGCGAGAAGGCAGAGAAAGAGGAGAGAACCUGCACAGUCAUCUACUCCGAGGACGAUGGGGACACUUGGACAUUUCCGGACGCCGCUGCGAUUGCUAAUGAGUGUACAGAUUUCACUCUCCUCGAGUGGCAGGGGAAACUUCUCAUGGUCACCUCGGGUUCUUUUAUUCCUCAGCAGCUCAGGGUGUACGAAUCCGUUGACAUGGGGAAGACAUGGGCAAGGAUGGUGGGGACAUUCCCACGCCUGUUGAGUCAAUUGGGUUUGUUCCCCAUGCACCCCAGAGGCACUGACAUCAUAACGGCGACCAUUGGGAGCAAGAGUGUGCUGUUGUACACCCAGAUGUCGUUCGAGUAUGUUCCAGACGAUACACAAGGUGCACGCACAGUAAUGCACCUGUUCCUCUCUGAUUUUGUUCGCGCACAUGACGUUGGACCAAUAUUUGCUGGUUCUUUUGACCCAAGCCUUUUCAUCACCCUGCUGCACAAAAAAGGCGAGUUGUUUGCUCUCUACGCGAAGUAUGGUGAGGAUGGAGCAUCAGGCGGUCUUUUUUUCACGCGCCUCACGGAGCAGAUGCGGCAAAUCAAUUCCUUGCUGCGAACUUGGAAAGCUGUGGAUGACAGGGUCUCAACGCUUUGCAGCUCCAGUGCCGGGAAGAGUGCAUCAAAAGAUGCUGCCUGCGUUGGUCGCCUGCCAACGGAUGGGCUGGUUGCUUUCUUUUCUGACAAUGGCAACAGCACUCACUGGAAUGACGAGUACGGUGGUGUGGGAGCGACGGUGUCUGAGAAGGGGGUGAAGAAGGUCUAUAAUGGCUUUGAGGUGACAGGGGUUGAUGCACAUAUUUUUUGGCCGGCCGGCAGUAAUUAUAAUAAUGUACUGUACAGUCCCCGAUAUGAGGAGCUUACUGUUGUGGCGACGGUGACCAUCAACGAAGCCCCAGAGAACAUCACACCUUUGCUGGGCGUGAGCGUGGUGGGCUCAACCUGGAGAGAACUGAAUCUGUGGUACGACGAGCAUAAGCACUGGAGGACGGAGGCAGGGGAAGGAAAGGGUGCAGGAACAAUUGCGUGGGAGGCGGGGAAGGCGUACCGAGUGGUGCUCACGGUGCGGAACGGUGAAUGCAGGGCGUACGUUGAUGGGCAGCUUUUGGGGAGUUUGGUGGAGAAACACCCAUUUACUUUGGGAACUCCUCCUAGGGAUGGGGUGCCUGCGCAGGAGAAGAUACCUGAAAUGGUCUCUCAAAUCUUUUUUGGGAGUGACGGGGUAAACCUGGAAGGAACAGUAGGCUGCUUCACAGUGAGGAACGUCUUGCUGUACGGCCGCUGCUUCAAUGACAGUGAAGUUGCGGCACUGGAGAAGCGGGAAGACAGCGAUUCGUCGGGAGCAGCCGACACCGACUCCGCGAAGGGCAAAGCAACCGGCGGUUCUGCAGGGGAAGACAGCGAUUCGUCGGGAGCAGCCGACACUGACUCCGCGAAGGUCAAAGCAAUCGGCAGUUCUGCAGGGGAAGACGGCGAGUCGUCGGGAGCAGCCGACACUGACUCCGCGAAGGUCAAAGCAAUCGGCAGUUCUGCAGGGGAAGACGGCGAGUCGUCGGGAGCAGCCGACACUGACUCCGCGAAGGGCAAAGCAACCGGCGGUUCUGCAGGGGAAGACAGCGAUUCGUCGGGAGCAGCCGACACUGACUCCGCGAAGGGCAAAGCAACCGGCGGUUCUGCAGGGGAAGACGGCGAGUCGUCGGGAGCAGCCGACACUGACUCCGCGAAGGUCAAAGCAAUCGGCAGUUCUGCAGGGGAAGACAGCGAUUCGUCGGGAGCAGCCGACACUGACUCCGCGAAGGGCAAAGCAACCGGCGGUUCUGCAGGGGAAGACAGCGAUUCGUCGGGAGCAGCCGACACUGACUCCGCGAAGGGCAAAGCAACCGGCAGUUCUGCAGGGGAAGACGGCGAGUCGUCGGGAGCAGCCGACACUGACUCCGCGAAGGGCAAAGCAACCGGCGGUUCUGCAGGGGAAGACAGCGAUUCGUCGGGAGCAGCCGACACUGACUCCGCGAAGGGCAAAGCAACCGGCGGUUCUGCAGGGGAAGACAGCGAUUCGUCGGGAGCAGCCGACACUGACUCCGCGAAGGUCAAAGCAAUCGGCAGUUCUGCAGGGGAAGACAGCGAUUCGUCGGGAGCAGCCGACACUGACUCCGCGAAGGUCAAAGCAACCGGCAGUUCUGCAGGAGAAGACAGCGAUUCGUCGGGAGCAGCAGCGGCAGACCCAAAAAACACAUCCGUCCCAAUCACAAAGGGGGUUGGGAGCACAGUGGUGAAGGGGGCUGUCAGUGGCGACAGCACCGUCCGUGGGCAUCUGUGUGGAGUGCUGUCCCUGCUUCUGCUUCUGCUGGGGCUGUGGGGCGUUGCGGCCUUCUGUUGA